AUGGAUUUCCAAAAGACCCUCUACGGGCCUCUCAACGUAACUCUCAACGACCGCGGCAUCAAGCAAAGACUUCUUGAUUGGGGACCUUACUUCAGAUACUACGACAGGCAAUGCCGAGAGGCCCUAGUCGAUCGAGGUCGCUUUGUGGCGGCCAAAUCACACUAUGAUAUCUUCAGCCUCACACGUUGCUUCAACAAAGGCGCCACUCGAGAAAUGAUCAAGGAAGAUCUGAGAUCAAAGUUCCCCAUAUCCGGAAACUCUAAUGAAGAUGAGAGGGUAGAUGGGGCAAUUGAUCUAGCAGCGCGGCUGUACCUGAUGGUCAACAUUGCAGUUGAUACUCGAACAAUUUCCGAGCAGAUACACCUAGGGUGGACCACGGGAAGCCUGAAAGAAUGCGUCCAUGCGCACUUCAAAGAGCCACAGAUCUUGAGUGAUGCUGGAAUCAGGAUGGAACCCAUUUUCACAGCGGCCAAUAUCGAGAACGUUGCAGGUCUCCGAGUAAUAUCCACGGAUAAUCUUGCAGAUCACUUGCGAUUGAUGGAUCGGGACGGUACAGUCGCCGUGUUCUGUAAUGUGUCUUUCCUGCGGAGACAUGUCAGUGACGCGUUCCCGGAGGGGCUCGCAGCCGAAACACUCAAGACACUGUCCCUGCUCUUCCCACCAAAUGACAAGGAUACGCAACACUGGAUACGGAAGCGCAUCAACUCCGAAGCUAUUGACAGGGCCGUGGCUUCUUGUGCCCUCCUGCGACUUGAAGAAAGGCAGUUUGAAAGGUUCAACUUCUGGCACGAUCGGCUCGUGAUUCUGAAGCAAGCUUUCGAUCAAUCCCGGCCCUCAACGAUUGCCCAAUGGUGGCACGACCGCCGGAAUGGAGUUCAAUGGUACACGUUCUGGGUGGCAAUCCUUGUUUUGUUCCUGACAAUUUUCUUUGGUCUGGUGCAGAGCAUUGAAGGAGCUCUACAGGUUUACAAAGCUUUUCAUCCGAGUUAA